UGGACGCCAAUUUGAAUGAAGUUAGGAACUCAAUGUGUAUUGUCUAAUAACUAAAUAAGUUGUAUGCUGUAGAUAAUUUAAUAGCUGAGGUGUUAUUCAGCGUAAUAGAAAAGAUACAAACCAAUGAUAUACCAGUACAAUUGAAUAGAUAUGUACCUCUUUUGUAUAAUGGCAAGGUUAUUUCGUCUUUCGUAAAGGCCAAAAUAAGAGAGAUGAUAUUAAAAGCUGAAAUACUGACGAUGGAUGAGGUUUCUAGGACACCUGAAUAUUAUGCCAAAAUCGCAAGAGACGCAGGUUUUUACUUUUGUCUGAAGCAAGGACGUAUUGACUGGAAUAAAAUAAAUGCGAUCGACAUCGACCGAGUAGUACAAGAGAGAGAUAUAGUUACAAUACGAGCCAAUCUUUUCAACAUAACGAAUUACAGUUUGGAAACAGAAUAUGAUGUUAGGGUAUUGGAUCCGAGUUUUGUGAAGCUUUUUAAAUUGGCGCAGCUGUCAGUUGAUUAUCUCGGGUUUAUGGAAGAAUAUACGAGUAAGCAAAUGAUUAAAAUUCAAGCUCAACUGAAUACGGCGUUGGAGGAAAAUGAGAAGCUUAAGAAUGAAUGCAGGAGAAGAAAUGAAGAAUUAAAGUAUAUGAAGAAAAGCUUGAAAGAGAGGGAAAAUAUGAAAAAAGUUCUGGAUCAGUACCACAAGACUCAGUACUAUAUGAAUUUUAUUUCGCAAUGUUUCAAGUGCAUGUAUUGUGACAAAUCUUUCUUGAAUGGGACAUUCUUGGAUGCACAUCUUGCUCGUCGUCAUCCUAAAGACCCUGAACAACAAGUACAAAAACAAUCUAAAGAAGAUAAUAGGGAAACGGUGGCAUUGUUUACUGAAAUCCAUGAACUGAAGGACCGUCUGCAAGCUGCUGAACAACUUCUACAUAAGGCUGAGGAAGAAAAUGUCUUGUACCAUGGAAUGGUGAAACAGUUUGAAAAAGCAAUUGAAGAUAAAUUAGCAGAAGUUAACCAAACUAGCAAGAAACAAGAACUUGCAAAAUUGCAACAAAUUUUGCAAGCUGAAAUUGAGAAAACAACUGCAGCAUCUCCUAUGGAAAUUAAGGCACUUCAUGAGGUAACACAGGAACAAGAGAAAAAAAUUAAAUAUCUGGAAGAUUUACUUAAUGCACAGGCAGAGAAUGCACAAAAAACGGUCAAAGAACAGUUGGAUUCACAAGAAAAAGAAUGGCAGAACCAUUUGCAAGAGUUAGAGCAACAACACGCUGUAGCUCUUAAAAAGGUGGAGGAGUUAACGCAGCAAUUGAUGAAUCGUACAGGGGCUUUAGAAGGGCAUUCAGACAAAAUAAAUUUUCUCACUUAUGAAGCCCGUCUUAACCAGUUGCAUCAAGUAUCUUUACAACAAGAAAAUCAGCUCCAACAACAAUCUAGUGAACUGGAGUUAAUGAAAAAGGCUCUUUUAGAUGCAACAUCCAUGCAUAAAGUUAAAUCUAAUGAGUCUGAUGUUCAAAUGUAUGUUAAUACUGCCACUGAGCAGCAUAUGAGUACAUCAUCAAGUUCAUCAUCUAGCUCCACCUUGAAUACCGCUCACAUGCCUGGAAAAUUUUCCAGUUUUCCAGAAUCUAAGGGUUCAUGUCUCAGCUCUCCAGAGAGAUCUGUAUCUAUUUACAUGGUUAAGGGGAAGGAUCAAGAUAACAAAUUGAAUGCAUCCCCUGUGGCAACAAAAUUUAAGAAAAGGCAUGAAAUACAUGAGAAAGAAAAGACAAUAGAGGAAUAUGUAACAGAGAAAGAUGGAGAACAAAAAAAGGAAGAGGUGGAUGGUGAUGAGGAGGAGGAGGAGGAGGAGGAAGAAGAAGAAGAAGAAGAAGAAGAAGAAGGUGAUAACUCUGAAACAUCUAUUACCUCUGAAUUGGUAAAGAAGGCAACAGAUCCUGAUGACCUUCAGCAGAAGAGAAAGUUUCAUACUACAAGCAAACAAUUGCAAGCUGACCUGCGUAAAGAACUGCAGCUAAUUCUAGAUCGUCGGCUACGGGAAAUGGGUGUUGAUCCAGACUGGUCUCAUUUACCCCGAGCUUCUUUGCAGCACAAGAUGACAACUCUGAAACAUCAUCAACAUAUUGCUGCUAAGAGGUAUGUGGAUUACUUCAAAGUCAGAGAAUUUUUACUAAAUAAGGUCAGACAGAGACUCAUUACCCUUAAUGGCACAAAAACAUUGAGAGAUGAUAUUUCAACAAAGAAGACAGCUGCUGUGAGGAAUCCCAGGUCUUUGCAAGUUGACAGCAUCAUAAACCGUGUGAAAAGAAAAGCACAUGGUUUGAACCAAUCAGAGGACAUUGGAAAUUCAAGAUUACUGGCACAGUCUCUCAUAGGUAAAAGAUUUUCUGGUGAAAGGAAUGCAACUUCAAAGCACAGGCUAGAAACCAGAGCUUUUGAUAAUAAAAAUACCUCACUCCUAGGAAAUCGCCCACGAACUUCUAUGAAGAACUCUCACACAAAUUCGAAUGUUCCCUCACAAAGUAAAGUCUACAUUGAGCCAGCACAAUGGGCUUCCAGUGUCAAAGAAGGAAAUGCUAAAUUGACAAAGCCAGAAACAGAGCCAAAACUUACCAUGAAUGGUGAGAGUGAUGACUCUAGCACUGAGUCAUCAGUGACAACAGUUGUUAGUCCAAGGAGGUCCAAGGAGAGGCAUUCUUUAUCUGGCUUGACAUUUCCUUCAACUGGUUUGUCUACAACGCGGGAUGAGGAGAAGUCACAGACUUCACAGAAUGGAAUCCUGUUACAAGACUCAACAGUGAUCAGCAGCAGAAGCUCUGGAAACCAGAGUACAGUACCCAAAGAAAAGAGUGAAAACUCUCACCUGCCAAGCAGAAUAAAUGAUACUGAUAAUCAGUGUGAGAUAGCAGACACCAAUAAACCCAACAGUGCUUUUUUGAAACAUUCUUCCAGCAGCAGUAGUCUCCCUAAAAAGCAUGUAGCCUUCCAAGACUUAUCUGUUAAAUACUCCAGUACUCCAUCAGAGAAACAACAGGAAAGGCAUAGUGCCACCUGGGACAGCAGUGAUGAUGAAGCACUAGAGCUCAUUAAGAAACCUCAGGAAAAAAUGGCUACAGAGCUACAGACAGCAAAGCAAAAGGGUAAUUCUCCUGCAAACAUAGUUGCUCAGAAAAGCAGAGAAAUACAACAAAAGAUAUCUGCUAGAGGGGAAAAGCCAACAGGAGGAGUAGAUACUUUGAGUUACUUACCUGUGUCCACUACUUCUGCUGCUCAAGCUCUCGUAGGGUAUACACAGAUGAAACAACAAACUCAUUCAAGUACAAUGAGUAUGAAGCAGUUACCCUUAUCAGAAUGGGACAUUGAGGACUUGGAAGAUUUUGACUAGUGUAAUCUUUGUACAAACUCUGAAGUGUUAUAUCAGAGUAUGUAAUUAUAUAUUAAGUACUGGCCACUAGAACUACAAAAUUUGAAAUGAAACCUACAACAAUGCAGAAUAGCAGCAAAAAUGAAAUGAAAUAAGACAACCUUUUUAUGUUCCAUAACAGAGCACCCUUCCUUGGGUAUAAGGAAGGGGUCAGGAUGAGCAAGGCAGAAAAAGAGAAACAUUCAUGUGGUAUACUGUAGGCAAUGAAUGAUAGGACGACUUACUUUCUCUCUCUCUCUCUCUCUCUCUCUCUCUCUCUCUCUCUCUCCAAGCUAACUCUUAUCAACUGUAUAACAUUUUAGACACAGGCAGCCUUUAUAUAUGAGAUGAAGUGACUGAAAUAAAUGCGUGUAUCCCUGUACUCAAAUUUGUAAAGAGUGUGACAUUAUACCAAACUGACCAUUAACAUAUGGACUUUAUUUUAAUGUCCUCCUAACUGUGAACUUCCAACUCUCAUGAGCAAACUGAGCAAAAGUUUUUAGGGUGGAAAAGUGUCUGAUAUGAAUCAUUUGUGGUGUGAAUUCAAGAACGUAUUGUAGAAACCUGUUCAAGAAACUUUGUAUUCUAAGCACUGCUUCUCAGUAAAUUUAUUCCCUAAUGAAA